AUGAUACUGGUGUUUUUCGCAAACUUGGACAAAGCAAAUACUUUAGACGCUCACCUGCGCAAAGCAAGGAUUUUCAAAACUCUCGAAGGUAAGGAAUGAAUUAACGUUAUUUGAUAGAAGGAGAGAUGAUUGAUUAGCGCAAACCCAACGUUUGGCAUGAGAAACGUUUGAGAAAUAUGUUUUGGCAUAUGUACAGAGUAAUUUUCAAGGAGUUAUAAUAACUCCUGUAGUGGAGCUAAUUUAACCCCUUACAGUGCAGUUAUUUUUUUGGGAGUUAUUUUAACUCCAAAAAGGAGUUUAAAGAACUCUUUUUCAGGAGUAAAAGUGACGCCAGUUAUUGAGGAGUUAAAAAAAAACCAAAAAGGAGUUAUCCUGUACCUAAACUUUUUACUCCACUUUCAGCGUUAAGUUAACUCCAAAAGGAGUAAAAAAAACCCAUGUAAGGAGUAAAAAUUACCCCAUUUCGGAGUCAUUUUAACUCCAGACUGAGAGUAAUAAGAACUCUUUUUCAGGAGUAAAAAUGACCCCAAAUUGGGAGUUAAAUUAUGAGUUAAAGUAACCCCCAAAAAGGGGUUAUCCUGCACCUAAAAUUUUUACUCCAUUUUUGGAGUUAUAAUAACUCCCUAAAAAUUACGGUGUAGACAUUUUUACUUCUAUCUAUGUAAGUCCUUUGACCUUCUCGGUAUCAUUACUUCAAUCUAUGUCUUGGCACUAUUUCUACACUAUUAAUUAUAUCCCCAUUUUUGCAUAGUGUAUUGUAAUUUCUUUCCCUGCCUUCGACAUAAUGCAUCCUGAUUUCUUCUAUUCUUGCCUUGCCGAAAUAACUAUUCUAUUAGAACUAUUUUUCUAUCAUUGAUUCCAACAAGUGCCUAGGUGACAGCAAGCAAGGGGAAUUCAAUGGGCAAUAAUUUCUUAUUCUAUCACAGUCAGUGAUCAUGUGACAGCCAAGGAAAUAAGAUGUGUUCUGUUUGGAACUUUCAGGCUUUAAACUCGUUGGACACGUAUUGGAAACCUUGGCUGUUGACGAAUAUAUCUGCGGACAACGAUGCCUCAGAAAUGAAAAAUGCCUGUCUUACAACAGCCAUUCUGAUGAUGACCAUGACAACAACAAAUGUGAGCUUAGUGAUCAAAACAGACCGGAUAAGCUUAUUCGCAGCCCAGGGUUCACCUAUCAUAUCAAAGGUAAACAUAAAUUAAAAGUUCUACAAUGGAUUCUACUAAGGCAAAUAAUUAGCCUCAAGUCCUAUUUUGAGAAAGUUUGUCAAAAGGUAUUGAGGGUGGUUUUGAAUUCACUGUUCUUCAGGGAAAUUUGAAAGAAUGGCACGAACGAUCAUGGACGUAUGUUUGUCAGCGCUAAUUAGGAAAGCAACAAAAAUAGAUUCGACAGCUACAAAGUCACGUGUAUUGAUAAUAUCCCAUAUUACCUUUCGGGAUUGUCGUGUGCACAUUUUUUCCGACAACCUUUCUCGAAAUCGCUCUAUAUGUUUGGAUAAGUGAACAAAUCAAUGAAAUAUAGACUACACCGCCUGGGCAUGAGUCCUCAGAGUGUGCGUGCUUUACCCCGGCCCCUUUCAAAUUGAUGAGGAAGAUUGAAAGAGGCAACGUUAACUUCUUUAAUCGCAGCUAGUGCCCGACCCAAAUGAUACAAAUUAGACGAUUGAUUCAGACAUCAAACUUUUAAGAUGUCGGACUAAAUUCAUUUUCACGAUGUACAAUGGUCUACAAUCAUCUCACCCGUGAAAUUAAAUUAUUGUGAUAGUAAUUUUUUUGGGUUCGGUACAUGAUAUUAAAGUUCGACGUAAACGAAGUCGCUCCACGGUCAGAAUUACCAAGUGAGCCACUCGAUCUCAAUUCAUGGGUUGACCCAAAUUAAAAAUGUCGGACUCAGGUGAUUCAAACGCCGAUCUCCUCGCCAUGUACUUAAAUUGACUGAAGGAAUUAGAUUGGAUGAUAUGAAAAGUUCGUCAAAUCGUACUAAUUGUAAUUUUUCACGUACAAGAAAGCAGCAGAUAUGGUGCAUUAUUGUGCGUUUUUUCAACCUACAGUUGGAAAAGGCUGGUAUUCCUCGUAUCCUGGUCAUUCCUGCAAAGACAUCUAUGACUCUGGCGACGCACGAGGUGACGGAGAAUACUGGAUUGACCCUGGGAAAACUGGAAAUCCUUUAAAAGUCUUUUGUGACAUGACCAGAGCAGGUGGUGAGUAUUAGUGUUCUAUAGUUAUCACUGAAAGGACUUACACCCUCAGAUCAGGCUAUAAGAUGGAUGACUGGGGGCCCGGUCAUCCAGAUCCUGAGAUAAGGAGGGGGCCCGGUCUCAAAAAAAAAAAAAUUGUUUUUGGCCCAUCGGGCCUCAGUUUCGUCUAAAAGUAAGGAGGGGGGGGGGGGGAGAAGCCGGGUACCCCGGGCCCCUCCCCUGAAUCCGUCACUGCGUUGUUAUUAAGUCGAGGAAAUUUCGUCACCACAAACAUGUGUGUUCAGUGUGACAUGACUUAAGCAUUUUCAGCUGGAGAAAGGAAUUGCCCUUAUGCGUUAUGAUACCCUGAAACCUCCAGAUAACCUAGACCUGUAUUAAAUGCAUCAUCAAACCAGAGUAGAAUAUUCACUCAACAUAAAUUUUUAAUGACAUGGCUUUCCAGGGAUUCCGUACAACUUGGUGUUGAUAGUAAAAAUUGCCUUAACGUUAAGUUUCACUCUGUUUUGAGUGUUAUUAUAAAUAUUUUAUUCUGAAAUGUCGUACGUCUCCAUCCUCCUCGCCCCCCACGGGUUAGGGGGUGGAGACGCAUGGCAUUUCAGGCUAUUAAUAUUUUUUCAAUCCAAAGAAAUACGAAAGACUUUCAUAACGUUGUUAUUUAAACUAGUGCAUAUACGUUUUUAAGCAUAAAUCGAAGGGAGGAAGCUUUCAAGGACUCUUUUACUUUCUAGCCUAGGUGACAGGCGUUUGGCAGUAAUGAAGGGGAAAGAGGGUGACCGUAUUUCCUCUGUCCCUCGAUUAAUCGCCUCCCUCGAAUAAUCGCCCCCCCCCCCCCAAACCCCCUCCACCCCUCUCGCCAUCUUCUCUUUCUUCUAUCCCCUCCCUGUCAAGUUGAAGUGGAAUCUGAUCCAGUCAUCAAAAAAUGUUCAGUUUAUUUGAUGUGAUAAUUUUUCGAUUUAAUGGAAUAAUUAAACAAAAUAUUUAAUGCACGACUUCCAGUGAGCAAUAUUUGAAAUAAUCGCGCCCCUCGUAUAAUCGCCUUUCUACGAAUAAUCGCGAAAAAAGAAAUAAUCGCCUCCGGCUAUUAUUCGAGGAAAUACGGUAUUCUCGAGAAACACUGUGACGAGGAGCGUUGUUUAACAACUCAAAGAGAACGGCUGCCUAGGAGAUUGCAAUCCCGGUCAUAAUUUGUUAAAACACUUCUGGAAAACAUAACAUCUACUUAGUCGUUUCAGGAAUACACGUACUACUACCCUCCCCUUCCCGCAAUGUUGGUUUCACGCGUUUUCUUGGGCAUAAACGUCUUCGAAAUCAACAUUGAAGGGGAAGGGAAGGAACAAUUAGCAAGCUUUUCAACAAUAAUGACCGGGAAUGUAGCUUUUUCCUCUCUCCUCUCUACCAUGUCCUUUCCUGUCCAGAUAUUCUCUCCUGCCUCUUGAUCCAGUCCCCAUACUUACUUACUAUUUAAUAAAAAUUUCAGGAGGUUGGCUUCUUGUUCUCAACAUCGUGAUUAAGGACCAGUAUAACCUCCCUCAGUUGUUAUCCGAGACGUCAUACCGCAAAGUGGACAGCUACAAAAGCAACAAUUUAGUUCUACAGAACAGCGCCCUGAAUAACCUGAAAACCCUCAUGCCCUUCACUCAAAUGCGGUUCCACUGCAGAAAGCCAGGUGGAUCAACAUUUCAUAUAGUCACGACCGGAAAUGGUACUGGUGAAGCUGUUGUUCAGUACUUUACAGGGCAAACAAACACCAUGCCAGACUCCUGUGGAUCGUACAUUAAACUGUGGGAUGACAGUUCAAAGCUUGCAAACCUAUGUGCCGACUGGGGGUAUGAGAACGGCAAUUACCAUGUGGGUAAAUGGGGGCAUGAAGGCAUGAGGGAAUUGUAUGAUCACCCUGCAUUUACUGAAAGGGCAUAUCAUUGGCUCACUUUUACUAGAUGGGAAUGUGAUGACUUUAAACAGAGUCCAUAUCUACCACCUAAUGAAACCUUUUGGAAGAUUUUUGUACGUUAA